AUGACUUCGAUAUCCUCCACGACUCAAUCCACCACCUCAUCAUCCUCGACUCCAUUCGAGUCACGCUCCCACUCUCCGUCCAAUUUUCCAAAUCCCCUCAGGCCUUCUUCUGUGGCAGGGGAUGAUGACCCUGCCGCCAUUGUGGGUCUGGCUUGUCGUGUGCCUGGAGCACAGAACCCGAGUCAGCUGUGGAAGCUUAUCGACGAGCAGAGGGACGUGCAGCGGAAGAUGCCAGAAGACAGGUUCAAUGUGGAUGCUUUCUAUCAUCCUGAGGGAACUAACAAGGGGACCACGAAUGCGAAAUAUGGCUAUUUCCUCGACCAAGACAUUGGUCUAUUCGAUGCGGGUUUCUUCAACAUCUCUGGAAAAGAGGCAGAAGCUAUGGAUCCGCAGCAGAGAUUGCUGCUUGAGGUGGUGUACGAAGCCUUGGAAGAUGCUGGGAUUCCCCUCGAGAGCAUCAGCGGUUCUCAGACGUCGGUCUUUUGUGGUUGUUUCACCAAUGACUACAACGCCAUGACUACGAAGGACCUAGAAUCUUACCCUAAAUAUACCGUUACGGGGACCGGAAACUCGAUUUUGGCAAAUCGAAUUUCCUACUUCUAUAACCUCCACGGGCCGAGCGCAACCAUCGACACGGCGUGCUCCUCGUCCCUGGUUUGCUUCCAUAUGGGCAACCAAUCAAUCCGAAACAACGAGUCGGACUUGUCCAUUGUCGUCGGCUCUGCGCUUCAUUUCGAUCCCAACAUCUUCAUUACCAUGACUGAUCUUGGUAUGCUUUCCACUGACGGUCGAUGCCGUGCUUUCGACGCUUCUGGUCGUGGCUACGUCCGGGGUGAAGGCGUCUGCGCCGCCAUCUUGAAGCGUAAGCGUCAGGCGGAGCUAGACGGCGAUUCGAUUCGUGCUAUAGUUAGAGGAACUGCUGCAAAUCACGAUGGGAGGAAACAAGGGAUCACUUUGCCAUCCUCCGAAGCCCAAGAGGCACUCAUUCGGAGGGCCUACCGGAUUGCCAAUGUCGACCCAGCGGAUACGCAGUACUUUGAAGCGCACGGCACAGGAACUGCGGCAGGAGAUCCUCGAGAGUCGCGCGCAAUUGGGGCCUUCUUCUCUGAGAAACGAGAGCAGGCUCUAAAUGUCGGCUCGGUGAAAACAAACAUUGGUCAUUUGGAGGGUGCUUCUGGUCUGGCCGGUAUCAUCAAAGCAACUCUCUCACUCGAGAACAGAAAGAUCCCUCCUAACAUGCACUUCACAUCCCCUAAUCCGAACAUCGAUUUCGACGGCUGGAAAAUAUCAGUUCCAACCAAGAUGGCGGAUUGGAAUUCACCAAAUGGCCUGCGGCGAGCCAGCAUCAACUCGUUUGGUUAUGGUGGAACCAAUGCACAUGUUAUUCUCGAGGGCCACAAUCAGUCCAAGUACGGCGAGGAAUCGGUUGCUACACUGCCAGACAUGUUCGCUGGAAUGGUUUACAAGAGGCCUUUCAUGGUCCCGCUGUCCUCGCACUCCGAAAAAGCUGGGAAGUUAUUAACUCACAGUCUAGCGAACUAUCUGGAACAGCACCCGGAUACCUCUGUACAAGAUCUUGCGUACAGUCUCAGCGUUAGACGCUCGAUGCACAAACAGCGUUCGUUCGCAAUUGGAAGGGAUCAAGAAACAAUAGCUAGGGAACUCGCAACGCCACAACCUACCGCGGUGUGGACUGCAGCAUAUGAAACCAAACCAAGGCUUGGGUUUGUGAUGACGGGACAAGGUGGCCAGUGGUACGCUAUGGGCAGGCAGCUGAUAGAACAAUCACCUCUGUUCAGGCAAACUUUAGAAAUAUGCGACGAGGUCCUACAGCGGCUCCCAGAUUCGCCAAACUGGUCCAUCAUUGAAGAGCUUCUUCGAUCGAAGGAAACAUCUCAUCUAGCCGAGACCCAAUUCUCACAGCCCAUCUGUACAGCCUUACAGCUUGCCAUUCUCGAUCUGUUGCGACAAUGGGGUAUCAAACCGUCUGCUGUGGUUGGCCAUUCUUCCGGUGAGAUGGCAGCGGCAUAUGCUGCAGGCAUUCUCUCGUUCGAGAACACCAUCGUUGCUGCGUAUUACCGAGGUUUAUAUAUGUCUAAUGGCAAAGGUUCGAAGGCCGGAGCCAUGAUGGCGGUGGGAAUGACCGAGACCGAGGCUAUGGCUGAGUUGAAACCGUACGAUGGACGAAUUGCCAUGGCUGCAAUCAAUAGCCCAUCAACCAUGACUUUGUCUGGUGAUGAAGAUGCGAUUCUCGAAUUAAAGGAGAAGCUCAGCGAGAGGAAGAUCUUCGCCCGGCAGCUUCAGGUCGCCCAGGCAUUCCAUUCUCACCACAUGUAUCCACUAGCUCCAGGCUACCAGAAGGCGCUCAAUGGCCAUCCAGGGUUUGCGGCUCAAGGAGCCAAACUUCGAAUGUUCUCAAGCGUCUCUGCUCGCGUCGCAGACCCUCGCAAAAUGGACGCAUCCUAUUGGACCGCGAACAUGACAGGAACGGUCAGAUUCUCGGACGCUUUGACCGGGAUUAUUUUAGACGACAUGGAUGAGCAAAAUAUUGAUCUGCUUGUCGAAAUUGGUCCUCAUCCCGCCUUGAAAGGACCCUCCCGACAAGUUAUUCAGUCAUUAAAGCUCGAUAUUCCCUAUUUGGCUUCCUUAACUCGUGGCAUCCCAGAUUAUGAGGGCCUUCUGGGCAUGGCUGGACAAUUGUUUAUGCAUGGCUAUCCAGUGGACUUGGUCGCCGUCAACAGCGAUCACUUCAUUGGUCAGGGUGGCCUGAUUUCUGCUGUACACAAAGGCAGCAAGCUAAAGACCCUUCCAAGCUAUUCAUGGGAUCAUUCGAGAUACUGGGCGGAGACUCGUGUCAUCAAAGAUCACCGACUUCGUACACGUCGGCAUGCUAUCUUGGGGGCCCCUGUUCCUGGAUCUAUCGGAUCACAUCCACGCUGGCGCAACUAUUUGAGAUUGAGCGAGCUUCCUUGGCUAUCUGAACACGUUAUCGAUGGCAAGACCAUAUUUCCAGCCGCUGGAUACAUCAGUAUGGCUAUCGAAGCCAAGGCUGAUCUGGUUGGAAACGUCGUGGAUAUCAAGGCAAUCACUCUUCGUGAUGUUUCAGUCAAAUCCGCUUUGACGCUGACGGAAAAGGACGCUGGUACCGAGGUGAUACUCGAGUUGCGACCAGUCUCGAUCUCGGCAAAAAGUAUUUCUGAUUCCUGGCACGAGUUUGCAAUAUUUUCAUUUGACGACAGCGAGAGAGGCAUUGAGCACUGUCGAGGCCUCAUCUCGGCCGAGCUGGGCUCCCCUACAUCGGUUGAACGGAUCAAGCCAUACGCAUCGCUCGCGGAGCUUGAAAAGAACAGUAAUCGGCGUGUUUUGCUGCAGAAUUAUUACCAACGCCUUGACUCUCUUGGUCUCCAUUACGGCGAAAACUUCAAACUUCUGUCCGGCGCAAUCGAAAGUGGACCUGGAUUUGCUAUGGCACCCCUUACUUUCCGCCAGUAUCAGAUCUCCACAGAGCCAGCAGAUAUUUCCAUUCUGCACCCAACAAUGCUAGAUGCGUCAGUGCAUGUGAUAUUUGCAGCCAUUGAAUCUCAACUAGGCAGACCACUUGAUGAACCAUUCAUCCCUACUUUUCUUCGAUCGAUGAAGGUUUCAGGCUCUUUCACAAGCGCGAAGGCUGUCGAUGAAGAGCAAAAGUUUCAUGUGUGCUCCCACACUACGCUAUCAAGUCCCCGCGUCGCAAUCAGCGACCUGCGCGUUCAUUCUGAGGGGUGCAACGAGCUCCUCAUCGAUAUGCAAGGCUUGCAAUUGACGGCACUCGGAGGUGAUACGUCGGAUAUCGCUACUGGGCGGAGUCUGUUUUUCAGGACAAGAUGGCAGCCAUCAUUCGAUCUUUUGGGUACUAGUGGUUGUUUGUCAUCCAUCAACGGUAUUGCCCAAGUCAUGGAUAUUUAUGCCCAUCAGCACCCGGAUUCCCAGAUUCUUCACCUGACUUCUGAAAUCAGUUCUUCUAAAGAAACAUUGCGCCUUCUUGGUGGCCGUCAGGGAGAGCGCCGUCGUUUCAAGAGCUACACCCCAUACCCAGCAUCCUCUGGUCAAUUUGAUGAGUUGCUGGACAUAUGGCCAGGCUUGAUCAAGAUCGAGGAGCCCAAAGAAGGCAGCUUUGACCUUGUCGUCGUUGAAAAGAAUGCCGACUAUGACAUCGAGGCUUAUGUAAAGCCCGGUGGGUUCGUGAUUAGCAAGGAUAUGGACGUCAGCUCCGAGGCCUUAACUCCACUGUUUUGCAAUUCAAGUUUUAUCGCAAGGCAAAAGAGCCAGACAGUGGCCAAGAUCACAGAACCACUCACACUUGUGUUGUCACCAGUCCCUUCUAAUCGUACGAAAACCAUUACCUCUCAGAUUGAAGCAGCACACGAUGGGGUGACAUCCAAAAUUACCUUUGCGCAGUUGGCUAAGCAGUCUGAUCUGCACGAGCACAUUAUUGUGCUUGCCAGCCUUGACGAGGAGGUAUUAUUUACCGACUCAAGUUCUGGCGCCGCAGAUUACAACGCUGUUCAAAAGCUUCUUACACAGCCGGGAAAGAACAUUGUGUGGCUGCUGGAGGGAGCCACCAUGGAAUGUCAAAAGCCAGAGCACGCCAUCAUUCAUGGUCUAGCAAGAUCUGCCCGCAGUGAAAAUGAUCAGUUGAGAUUGGUCAUGCUCGAUGUUGCGCACACUUCGAAUGACCACGAAGUCUCUCGACGUCUCAUGCAACUACUCAACCCGUGUGUCAAAGAAGACGAGAUAUCCGAGCGAAGUGGAACCCUCUUCAUUCCACGAGUCGAGCCUGACGAUACGUUGAAUUCGAAACUUCCCAACGGCCUCUAUGGCGAACCUAGACUUGAACGGUUUAGCCAGAGGCGGGCACUUGCUCUGAGAAUCGGUAAAGUCGGCUUGUUGGAGACUUUGGUCUUCGGUGAGGAUGAAAAGCUGAUUGAUUCAAAUCUCGAGGAAGACGAGCUUGAAAUUGAGGUAAAAGCUUCGGCUAUCAAUUUCAGAGAUAUCGCUGCCAGUAUGGGUAUCAUUGAGGAUGAUAAGCUCGGUGAUGAGUGCUCUGGCAUCGUUAUACGGAAGGGCGCCAAAGUCGACGAUUCCGCAUUUCAGGUCGGAGAUCGUGUCGUUGCCUGGAGACCAGGCCAGGGUGCGCACUGCUCUAUCGUGCGCAAUCCCGCCUCUUUAUGCUACAAGCUAGGCGAGAUGCCUUUUGGAGUUGCUGCUGCGAUGCCGCUAAUCUUGACAACGGCCUACUACGCGCUGAUGGACGUUGCACGCUUGCAGCGUGGGGAGACCGUCCUCAUACACUCUGCAGCCGGAGGAGUGGGUCAAAUGGCCAUUCAAAUUGCGCACAUGGUCGGAGCCAAGGUCAUAGCAACUGUAGGCUCUCAGACGAAACGCGAUCUCCUCAAAACCAAAUUUCACCUCACCGACGACCAAAUCUUCUCGUCUCGUGACGACUCAUUCGUUGGUGGUGUGAUGAAGGUGACUCAUGCCAAGGGGGUUGAUGUGGCCCUGAACAGUCUGGCGGGAACGUUGUUGCAUGCUACUUGGGGCUGUGUCGCUCCAUUUGGGCGAUUCAUUGAGAUAGGAAAGCGUGAUAUCCAUGAGAACUCGAAGAUCCAGAUGGAUCCUUUUAGGGUCAAUGUGACGUUUGCGUCAGUGGACCUGAUCACCAUGUUCGAGCGCAACAAGCCUCUUGGAGCCCGUGUUUUCCAAGAAUGCUGCAAGCUCGUGCACGACGGCGUUAUCCAACCUCCGGAGACGAUCACCGAACUUUCUUAUGCGGAGGUUCAAAAAGGCUUCAGGCUUUUGCAAAUGGGUAAGCACACGGGUAAGGUUAUCCUUGUACCAGGCAAAGACGACAUAGUGCCUGUGCUUCCCUUCAAAUUUCGAAAUAAGAAGCUGUUCCACUCUUCCAAGACAUACUUGCUUGUGGGCGGACUUGGGGGACUAGGAAGAACUCUAGCUGAGUGGAUGGUCCGGAAGGGCGCCAGACAUCUAGCUUUCUUCUCCCGCUCAGGAGCUGACAAAGCCGACGCGAAGUCUACGGUUGACUGGCUGAAAGCUAGGGACGUUCGAGUUUCCGUGUUCCGUGGAGACAUAAGCAACUAUGCAGACGUUCAAGCUUGCAUUGUGGCAUGUGGUUGUGAACUUGCCGGAAUCUUUCAAGCCGCCAUGGUUCUACAAGAUGCGCCGCUCGAUCAGAUGACCUUCCAACAAUGGGAAACAUGCGUCCGUCCCAAAGUCCAUGGGACUUUCAACUUACAUAAGGCAACACUGCAGAGUCAACUCGAUUUCUUCGUCUGCUUCUCAUCCGUCUCAUGCAUUCUGGGUUCGAAGGCACAGGCCAAUUAUUCUGCAGCAAAUAGUUACCUCGAUGCACUCAUGCGUCGGCGUCGCGAAAUGGGUCUCAGGGGUACGACAAUGAACUGUGGCAUGAUUGUUGGAGUUGGUGCCGUGGCCGAAGAUGCUGCGCUGCAGAAGGUCAUGGAAAGAAUCGGUUACGACCCCGUCAGCGAGCAGGAGCUUCUUUAUCAGAUUGAAGAAGCAGUCAGUGCAGAUUAUUCGGCAACGUCCUCAGGUCAAGGUGUCGACCAGCAUCAAACUAUUACUGGGGUCAAUCUUCAACGGCAGGAACUGUUCUGGGCUGAGAAGCCUCUUUUCCGCAACUUGUACGCUAACCACGACUUCAAUGGAGAAGCUGCUCAAGGUUCCGUCCACAAGAAUCUGGCUGCUCUCAUUUGCAAUGUCACUGAUCCCCAGGAACGCAUCGAUCUUCUGAUGACCGCCUUCGUUGAGAAAAUUGCCGCUGUAUUGGCAGUGUCGUCCGAUAUCAUCCAGCCAAAGAAUCCUCUUUCCGCAUAUGGAUUAGACUCUAUCGUCGCCGUCGAGUUCCGGAAGUGGUUCUCGAAGACCGUUGGGGUUGAUUUGUCUCUCUUCGAUGUACUUGGGUCGAAGUCCAUCAACGCCUUAGUUACCAGAGCAGCAGGCCUGAUCAAGGUCGACGAGAUGAAAGACGAAAAGACAGACAACAAGAAGGUCGAAACCGCCAAGAAGACCAGUGGUGGCAAGCAAGAGCAUGCAACAACACAAGGCUCGUCUGGAGAAAUCUUUAGGACUCAGGCGCCUGAGAAUAUACCAAUGUCAACCUUCCAGAGUCGACUUUGGUUUGUUCACAACAUGACCGAGGACAAGUCCUUCCUGAAUCUCCCAGUGAUCUUUCACCUGAGAGGCCAGCCGGUCAUCUCUGCUCUUCAGCAAGCCCUGCUAGAGAUGAAAAGAAGGAACGAAGUCUUGAGGACUUCUUAUUUCGAAGGUGACAACUUCGCCGAGCAAAAGCCAGUCAGCGAUUUUGAUGUACAUCUCGAAUACCAAGACUUUUCCACUGCGAAACAGCCACGUGUCUCUUUGGACAAGCACGUUACGCAGCUCUGCAAGCAGGAGCUUGAUAUUGAAGAAGGCGAAGUUCUCAGACUCGCAUUGGCUAAGUUGCAUGAUGCUGAGUAUGCGCUUGUACUUAUCUUCCAUCACAUCUCCAUCGAUCGUGGCAGCUCCAAAUCUUUCUUAACUCAGCUCACGUCGAUAUACGACUGCAUCCGCAACCAAAACAACCUUUCAAGCAUUCCAUCCCCAAGGAUACAGUACUCGGAUUUCAGUGUUUGGCACAACGCUCAGCUGCAGUCAGCGUCGCUUGAAUCUGAAAUCAAAUUUUGGAAAGAAAAAUUUACAGGCGCUUCUGGCACAAGUAAGCUGCUGCCUUUUGCAAAGUCGGACCGGCCGGCACAGAAUGACUACAAGAGGGCUGUACAGAAGGCAACCCUUGGGUUAAAGACACUUAACCGCAUGAAACGGAUAUGUUCUGGCAUGAAAAUGACGCCUUUCCAGUUUUUGUUGACGGCAUUCCGAUGCUUCAUCUAUCGCUACACCGAAGAAAAGGACCUGACCAUUCUCAUGAUUGACGGGAAUAGACCUCAUCCCGACUUAGAGGACGUUCUCGGCUUUUUCGUGAACAUGAUUCCGCUUCGAUGCACAAAUGACUGCGACGCAGGCUUCGACAGUCUGCUUGAGGAUAUGAAGAAUGUUACCCUGGAAGCUAUGGAGCAUAGCAAGGUGCCGUUUGACACCAUUGUCAAUACGGUUGAUAUUGAAAAAGACCCAAGCCACUUCCCAAUAGGUCAAAUCGUUGUUAACUAUCAAAUGCAUGGAAAGAUGCCCAAUUACCCAACGCAGGAUUUCGAUGUUUACGACAUUACAUCGGAUGACGUUCCUACGGCUUGUGAACUUAACUUGGAAGCAAUGGAAGAUCCCGCAACAGGUCUGAAUCUUCGUCUGGAGUACUCCACAACAUUGUAUGAUAGCGAGGAUAUGAGUCGUUUCUUGGACAAUUUCUUGGCCUUCACGACCAGUGUUAUCAAAGAUCACCGUCAGCCGAUAUCUGAAAUUGGAAUGUGCGGUCCGAAGGAGAUUCAGCACCUCAGGAGCAACUACUGGGCUACAGGAUUCACAGAAAACACUUGGAAUAGCAUGUCUGUGCUGGAAAAGAUUCUCGAGAAUGCAAAAGCUCAUCCAAAUGCUGUCGCCAUUAGAACAUCGGAGGACAAUACAAUCACUUACGAAGAUCUUGUCCGCCGGGCCCGAAGAAUAGCGUUCGCCUUACGGAGAAGAGGAGCUACACCAGGCCAGUACAUAGGUCUCUUUUCUCGACCAGGAAUCGACGCGAUAUCUGGGAUGUUGGGCAUCUUGCUCACUCGCUGCGGGUAUUUAUCUAUGGACCCAGACUUUGCCGCAGACCGGCUUGCUUUCAUGGCAGCUGACUCCAAAGCCCAAAUCAUAUUAUUUGGUCCAGGCCUGGAGGCAAUCGCGACCGAGGUGGCCAUAAAGACCGGACAAUCACCCCAGACGAUCGGAGUUGUUGAGGCUGCUUUAGAGGACAGCAAGUUGAGUCUGCUGAAGUCGGCAUCUCCAGAAGACCCUUUCUAUAUGAUCUAUACUUCUGGCAGCACAGGCGCGCCAAAAGGCGUAGUAUUGACUCAGUCCAAUACACAGCAAAUGCUCAGCACUCUUGAUCAUGACUACAAAUUCGACGCCCAGGACAGGUUCCUUCACCAUUCGUCGAUAUGUUUCGAUUUGUCGGUGGUACAAAUAUUUUCGGCGCUGACCGCUGGUGCUACUGUUUGCGUAGCAUCUGCUGGUGUACGAAAAGAUCCGCUGUUGCUUGCCGGUUUUAUGCAGCGUUCAUCAGUUACCGUGACAUACUUCACGCCCUCGCAAUUUGCACUACUACUUGAGUUUGCCAAGGAAUCGCUACAAAAGUGCGUCGACUACCGCGUGGCUUUCUUUGCUGGCGAGCGCUUGCCUGUUCGAGUGGCAAAGGCCUUCUACGACUUGCAGACACCAGCCACAUUAUAUAAUACCUGGAGUCCGAGCGAGCUGGUGGUGCAGACAACGAUUCACAAAACCGCAUAUCCAGAUGAUCACUGCUUCAGUAUUCCAAUUGGAUUUCCUAUGGCCAAUUGUCGGCACUACAUCAUGGACUCCUAUCUCAAUCCCCUCCCAGCUGGCUUGGUAGGCGAAAUUUGUGUAAGUGGGGCCCAGGUGGGCGCCGGUUAUCUGAACAGGCCCGAAGACAAUGCGAAAUCCUUUGUCGAGAAUCCAUUUUGCGAACCAGAAGAUCGCAACAGGGGUUGGACUAGGCUUUUUCGGACUGGAGACAAAGGUCGAUUCCGUUCAGAUGGACAACUUGAGUUUCAUGGACGGAUCGCUGGCGAUAAACAAGUCAAGCUCCGAGGCUAUCGAGUCGAUCUAGGGGAAGUCGAACAGAGGCUUUAUCUGGAGUCAUCCAAGGAGGCAGGAAAUCGAAUAGUCGACAUUUCGGUUGUUGCCAGAGCCGUCAAGAACGAGGAAAUCGAUCCUAGCGUGGGAUCUGCUGGAGAGACUGCAAGCUUGACAGAUGACCGCCAACUGAUAGCGUUCAUCGUUCUUCAACAGACUCUCGAUGUCAGACAGGGGCAGACAUUUGUCACCUCAUUACACGAAAAGAUCAGUGUCCAUCUCAACGACUAUAUGCUUCCCAACGGCUAUCAAUUUCUGGAAAAUCUUCCGGUUACGAUUGGCGGAAAGGUUGAUCGGCAGAAUCUUCUGAAGCGGGAUUUGCAUCUUGUCUUUCCCUCGUCGGUCUCCUCUCCGCAAGCAUCGAAUGAGCAGAUCACCCAGGAGUCAAUUGACACCAAAGUAAUCCAGUCCAUCACAAACAUCUUCGGAGAGGUGCUGAAGCUUCCCAGAGAUCAUCAAAUCGCACCAAUGGACAAUUUCUUCGUGCUCGGAGGCCAAAGCAUUUUACUCCUGAGACUCCAAUCAAAGAUUAAACGCACAUUCAAAACUUCUAUUUCUUUGACGGAUCUUUUCAAGGCUCCCACGCCAGCUGGAGUAUAUGAUAUCGUUAUGAGCAAGACGCAGACGAAGAGCAAGGGCGGUGACGGGUCCAAGAUCGCUAGCAGAAGUGUGAACUGGGCCGAAGAAACAAUUCUACCAAGGGACAGACGAUACAUGGUUCCAUAUGGAGCUCGAGCUCUCAGCCGCGCAGAUGUUUCCGAGAUCUUGUUAACAGGGGUUGACUCUUUUAUUGGCGUACACAUGCUGGAGACUUUGCUCUCCGCUCAAGACUCCACGACCAUUCAUCUCAUCGGCACCCAGCAGAAGCUCGAACAUUCCAGCCUGGUAGCUUACAUGGAGAAAUAUAACCUCCUCAGCGCAACCAUCAACGAGGAGACUUUACGUUCACGAGUGCGCUACAUACCAGGAAUCCUCGCUGAGCCCCAUUUCCAACUGGAAGACGCUGCGUUCAAAGACCUGGGACGCACCAUCCAGGCAAUCUACCACCUAGGCGGCCAGAUCUCCCUUUUGAAAACAUAUACCGAUCUCAAACAAGCCAACGUCUCCGCAGCGCUAGACAUCAUAGAACUCGCCGCCCACGGCAACCAGUUGACGGAAAUCCACCACCUCUCCACCUGGAGCGUGCCCCAUCUGCAAACUUGGUUCACCACCAACCGCACGGCGUCCUCAAUCAUCACUCACGAAACCGAUCCGACGCACUUCUCCCCGCCCUCCUCCGACGAAUUCGGAUACUUCAAAUCCCGCUGGGUGUCGGAAAUGCUGAUGACACAAGCCUCCCAGCGUGGGUUCAAGGUCUCCAUUUACCGUGCGUCCGCCGUGACGGCCAGCACAUUCACCCACGUCCCCGAACCCGCAGACGAUUUUAUCCGACGGAUGGUUCUUGGGAUGGUUGAAUCCGGAUGCACCCCUGAGAUCGGUCGUGCGGAUCCACAGUUCGCAGUUGAUUUCAUUCCGGUUGAUUAUCUCGUCUCUACACUGCACAGCCUUUCCAGCAGCAAUAACCCCGGUAUACACAAUAAAGACAUGUCAAUCUAUCACCUGGGAAACCCGAGCCCAUUACCACUCAGCGCGCUUCCCGGACUCAUGAGCGAUAUCCGCAGCGAUGGCGCAGUGGGACGCAGUGUGAGUUUAGAUGAGUGGUUGAGCAUCAUGUUAAAGAGCUCGAACGAGGAUGAUCAGUUGCGAUGGGCGGUCCUGAAGGAUUAUCUAAGGAUGGGACAUGUGAUGUUUGCGCUGGAUCGGGAGGGGACUGAGGACAAGAUUCAGAUGGUGGGGGAGAAGGUGAGGUGUCCGCCUGUUGAUGGGGAGUACUUGAAGGCGAUGUGGAAGAGAGAGGGAGAGCGAGUUUGA